ACGCCUCGUCCUCAAACAUUUCUCUCCUAAAAUGGUAUUCUAUUUUCCCGGGAAAAUGAUAAUCGAAGACAUUUUCUUUUCCUUUUCCGGAUAUUUAAUCUCACAAAAAAACAAAAUUAAUAAAAACAAAUACAUUACACACACACACACCACUCAAUAGUCAUAUUUAUAUCCAAGCAAUCACAUACAAACUCCAUCAAACUUGAAUCUCAAAAACCUCUUUCUCUCUCUAACUAUUCCGAUUUCUUCUCCGACGAAGAUGACGACACCAGUAUGAAGAACUACCGGCGAUGACGUCAGUCUCCUGUUCCGACGAUUGCUUCUCCGACUUACUAUGCGGCGAGGAUUCCGAAAUCUUGUUGAGAGACUUGCCGGAAUGUUCGUCGUCGGACCUCGAAUCUCCGGCCGAUACAGAAGAAUCGAUCGCCGGAUUUAUGGAAGACGAGAGGAAUUACGUGCCUGGAAUCGAUUACAUCGAGAGGUUUCAGUCUCAGUCGUCCGAUGCAUCGGCUCGCGAACAUUCUGUUGCAUGGAUUCUCAAGGUUCAAGCUUACUAUGGAUUCCAGCCGCUAACGGCGUAUCUGUCCGUCAACUACUUAGAUCGUUACCUAUAUUCUCGCCGCCUGCCGCAAACAAGCGGGUGGCCGUUGCAACUCCUAUCGGUUGCUUGCUUAUCACUAGCUGCAAAGAUGGAGGAACCUCUGGUUCCUUCCCUUUUGGAUCUUCAGGUGGAAGGUGCAAAAUAUAUAUUUGAACCAAGAACAAUCCGACGGAUGGAGCUUCUUGUACUCACUGUUCUGGAUUGGAGGCUAAGGUCCAUCACACCUUUCAGCUUCAUCAGUUAUUUUGCGUACAAGUUGGAUUCAACAGGAACUUAUACUGGGUUUCUGAUUUCAAGGGCUACUCAAAUUAUCCUUUCUAAUAUCCAAGAGGCUAGUUUUCUUGAGUACUGGCCGUCAUGCAUUGCUGCUGCAACUAUUCUAUGUGCAGCCCAUGAUAUUCCAAACUUGUCUAUUGUCAAUCCUGCACAUGCUGAAUCAUGGUGUGAAGGACUUCGGAAAGAGAAAAUCAUCAGCUGCUACCAGUUGAUGCAGGAAAUUGCUGUUGAUAAUAGGGGAAGGAAGGCUCCAAAAGUGUUACCACAACUCCGAGUGAUGACUCAGGUCAGCAUCGGGCCGGGUGACUCAUCAUCCUCAUCUUCAUCAUCAUCUUUUAAAAGGAGAAAAUUAAAUAAAAGCUUGUGGGUAGAUGAUGACAAAGGGAGCUCUGAUUAAGGUAUAAAACAAAAGAAAAUGGUGGUCCUAGUUGUCUAUAAUCCUCAAUAUUUUUGGGGAGAGAGUUUUGAGAAAAAGAAGGAAAAAAAAAUUGACUUGAUUGGUGUAGAUUAUUAGUAUAUAAUGUCUUGUAUGUAUUGAAGUUUGGAGAGAUAUGCUAUAAUUUUUUUGGGUGUUUUUUGGUGGGCAUUGCCAUUCAUUACUGGCUUUGCAGAUUCCCAAGGGAAGGGGAUUUGGUACAUAUAUAAUUUUUAUGUGAGAAAGUGAGAGAUUGUUUAAUAGUGGAAGAGUCAUGGAGUGUGAAAGAAGUGGGUGAUUGAAUUCAAAGUUGGUAUGGAUUAUUGAAUGAAAGGGAGAUGAUGGUGGGACCAUGAUAGAGGAUUUGGGGUUAAAAGAGGGGAGAGAAAAUCAAUGGUUUAGUUAAAAAAUAAAGGGGAUUGAAGAUUGAAACUUUGAAGUUUGAGCUAUAUUAUUCAUCAUGGGAUAUUAUAGUCAAGCUUGUCAUGAUCUUCUUAGGCCACACAUCAUUGCUUCAACUGGAGAGCAAAAGAAGAGGAGAAUAAAAGAUGGCUUUCAUGUAAUUAUAAACUACUGAGUGUUAAGUGUGUGUACAUACUGAUAUAUGGUGUGUUCCACACGUGUGUAUGUGUGCUUUUUUGGCGGAUUUUUUUUUUAUUCGAGUGAUCUUUGCACGUGUAAUGGUUACAUGUCGGAAAUUCAUUUUUUGUUUUUUUAAAGGCCAAAAUUGGGCCUAACCAUACAAAGGUCUUUGGGGCCUUUUACUUUUUUCAUGAGUGUUGUAUUUGGAUUCAUCAAUACAAUUUUAUAUAUUUGUUUUUUCAUA